AUGUUGUCGCCAUUGAUCAUUGGGAUCGCUGCUCUCGCCGGCAUUGGCUUCUGUGAUACAACCCUUACACAGCAACCUAUUCUGUGGGAAGACCUUGCAGACUUAGAUGUGUUCCGGGUGAAUGACACAUUCUACUAUUCUGCUUCUACAAUGCAUUAUUCCCCGGGUGCUCCGAUCUUAUCAAGUAAAGACCUAGUCAACUGGGAAUACAUUGGGCAUAGCGUUCCCAGUUUGGAUUGGGGAUCUAAGUAUUCCCUGGAGGAUGGUGGAUCCGCAUAUGUGAAGGGAGUUUUUGCUUCCACACUUCGUGUGCGACCAAGCGAUGGGCGGUGGUUUUGGGUUGGGUGCGUUGAGUACAGCAAAACCUAUAUUUAUACUGCCCCAAGUGCAAAAGGACCUUGGACGCAGUUGGUUGAAUUUUCCGAUAAGUGCUACUAUGACUGUGGCCUCCUCUUUGACGAUGAUGGAACGCCGUAUGUUGCCUUUGGGGGCACCAAUAUCGAGGUGGCUCAACUAUCCACCGAUCUGAAGAGCCAGGUUAGCAGUGAAGUUGUCCAUACAUAUGACGUCUACGCUGAGGGAAGUCGUUUGUAUAAGGUGGAUGAAACCUACUAUAUUCUAAAUGUUGAUCCUAGUACCGCCAUUGAGUACGUGCUGAAGUCUAGCAGCAUCUGGGGGCCCUAUGAGUCUGCUAUCCUAGCAAAUGCUCCAUCUUGUCCAUCCGAAGUUGGUGGCCGUGCUCAUCAAGGUGGAAUUGUGGACGACCCAAAUGGCAAUUGGUAUUAUAUGGCAUUCUGCGACUCAUAUCCAGGAGGCCGUGUCCCAGUGCUGGCGCCCAUUGAAUUCCCUUCCAGCGGGUUUCCUAGGCUUCCCGACUUGAAUUCAUGGCCAAAAAGUGUGACAGUGCCUUUGGCCACAGUGCCUCAAAAAAGUCUAAGCUACACAGACUCCUUUUCGGGCACUAGCUUAAGUCCACAAUGGGAAUGGAAUCACAACCCAAACACAAAUGCUUACAGCGUGAACAACAAAUUGAUUCUCCACACAGCUACUGUCACCAAUGAUCUAUAUCACGCUCAAAACACUCUCACCCAUCGUGCUCUCGGGCCCAGCAGUGCGGCCACAAUCAAGCUCGACAUCAGUGACAUGCAUUCUGGUGACCGUGCGGGUCUUGCAAUCUUCAGAGACCUCUCUGCAUGGGUGGGAAUUAUCAACAAUGGUGACAACAAGGUGGUCGGUGUUUGGACCGACCUGAAGAUGACCAUUGCUGAUGGUAGCUGGUCAACCGUCGAUGUGGGCUCUCUAGAAGCAUCAGAAAAUAUCGGCAGCUCGGGCUCGAUUUAUCUCCGUGCUCACGGCAACUUCAGCCCCACGUCAGAUCUGGCGGUGCAGUUUUCAUACUCCACCAAUGGCCACAGUUUCACCAACAUUGGUUCCGUAUUCACCAUGGGUACGAAAUGGGAGUUCUUUAUGGGCCAUCGAUAUGGUAUCUUCAACUUUGCGACUAAAUCACUUGGAGGGAAGGUAACAGUUUCUAGUUUUACGAUGGAGGCUGUCUAG